AUGGAUGACGAUAGCGAUCACUUCGAAAGUGCAGAUGAAGGACCGGAUAUUGAAAUAAAUAUAAUCAGCGAGAAAUCCUCGUAUGAUAUCAAUCAGAAUAGUAAGAAUUUGCAAGAUGCAGAACCCUUAGGCAAAUCAGGUCUUCCCAUCGAAUCAUCUCCAACGUAUACGGCUAUUUCCGAGGAGAAACCGCCAAUAUCGACCGGUUCUGAAAAGAUACAAGUAGUAAAAACGCAAAAGCAGGUGGAAGAGGUGCAUUGUGAGGCUGCCGAACCUACAUUCGAAUGUGACUUUGCUUCUAUCAAGCAUGACAGUCACGAGACGGAAAUUCAAGAUACGAUAGCUGAAACAGACUUACUAAUCAAGGAAAAACGUCGUUUAGAAAACGCUUUGAUGGAAUCCGAAGUUCCCUUAUUAAUUUGCACAGAAAACCUUAAUACACGCGAUCAACUUGAGGGAAUUGAUAAAGUCGCUGAUGUCGUUGAGAAAGAGCUCCUGACGGAGUUCGAUGUCAUUCACAGUGUGCAGGAAGUGUUGAAGAAAACUAUUGAACAGUCCGAGUGCCAAAUCGCUCAGAACAGGGCCAUUAAAGAAGCCAUGGAAAUGAAUUGGAGUGAUAAAUUGGAAGCAGAACAUUGGGAUGCCAGAGCCGGAUAUCUUACAAAUAGUUCAACAAACAAACAGUUUUAUGCCGGAGAACACAUGUCUGAUCCGGAGAGUUGGGCCAAAGCGGCCCACGAGGUAAUCAGUCAAGCCGAAUCGGAGCGCAAAUCAAGCGCAGAACUCCGCAGGCUGAUUUCCAAUCUACUUACGGAGACCGCACGUGACCUGCGUGAGCACCAUGAUUUGGUAUGCCGGGCUUUUGCGAAGAAUAUUGAUCGAAUGAUUACGGCCAAAAUUGAAUUGGAAACUCAACUGAAGAAAACGGUUGAUGAGGUAGUGGAACAGGAGAGAAAUAUUGAACGUUUGAAAGAAGCGAUUCGCGCCAAGGAUGAUCCACUCAAGGUGGUUCAAACUCGGCUUCAUUUGCGUGGUUUCCGCCCGAAUUCAGAUUUAUGCAAAGAUACAGCAAUGGAAAGGCAAGUUUUAAACCAUCUUGUUUGUUUCAUCUCCAUUUUCGUUUGA